AUGGUCCAAACGCCAAAGACCGGUGCGGCUAGCCCAUCAGAGCUGCAGCAGCAUCCAUCAAAAAAGUGGCUCAACCGCACCAGAACGUUUUUAGACGUUCCUAAUCCGAAAAUCGUCACAAUCUUUCUCAUAAGUAUCUUCGCCACGUUUUCCUCAGGCAUUGCUUUCGUCUUUGAGUGGAUAUUUCAUGGCAGGAGCCACGCCGGUUUCCAAUGGAUCAUCUACUACGGCUUGUCCCUUAUCUUUCUUCCUGUUUUCGUCUUUCUCGGUCUUGGUAUCGUCAUUGCUGUUACGACCAGGCACGAGUCAAAGCAGGUUGCUAGCUCGGUCGUGGAAGGAGAAGAAGAACAACAACAUGUCGAUCAUUCUGCAGGUAAAGGUGGCAGCAAUGAAGAAAAUGAUCAUGAUAAAAACUGUCAGAGUUUGGCUGUUGUGAUUGAUGAAUAUGACAAAAAGUGCAAUGAGAAAGCGUUGGAGCAUAAAACCUCAAAACUAGAACGCGCCGUCUCGUUCCCUUUGCGUAGUCAAGUAAGAUCAUGCCGGACUAGGUGAGUGUGUCCAGUCACUAUGGGAUCAUCCAUCUUCCCCUCAUGUAAUUUAUUUUCUUUAUUUUCGAUGAGAUUUAUCCGCACUUCUGUUAACUUCUAUUUAUGUAAUGCUAGUCCUAUAAUAAUUAUUUUG